AUGGUGAAGAUCGAUGACUCGUUUGUGAUGAACCACACCUGUAUCAGGGUCAAGGACCCAAAGGUGUCGGUUGCUUUCUACGAAAAGAACUUUGGCAUGAAGCUUCUCCAGAAAUUCCCCUUCGAGAGCUUCACCUUGUACAUGCUUGCCAUUGAUGAUGGCUCUGGUACCAAUUGGGCCUCAAGAGAAGGUGUGUUGGAAUUGACUCAUAACCAUGGCACCGAGAAUGAUCCAGACUUUUCAGUAAACAAUGGUAACGGUGCUGAAAACAGAGGCUUCGGACAUAUCUGUUUCUCCGUGGACAAUAUUGAGGCUGCUGAAAAGAAGUUGUUGGGCGACGGAAUCAAGUUCCAAAAAAAGUUGAGCGACGGAAGACAGAAGAAUAUUGCUUUUGCUUUGGAUCCUGAUGGGUAUUGGAUUGAACUUAUCGAGCAUGGCAAUGGCAAGAAAUCAGACACUACAGACGCUACAACGUACAAACUCAACCACUCGAUGGUAAGAGUUAGAGAUGCCGCUAAAUCCCUUGAUUUUUACAAGAAGGUGUUGGGCAUGAAGCUUUUUGCCAAAAAAGAAUUUGAGGCUGCCAAGUUCACAUUAUACUUCCUAGGCUACGACCACGACGGUUCACAUAUUCCUGAGGGAGAGCAGCCUCCAUCAAGACAGUCCUCCCAGCAAGGUAUUCUCGAGCUCACUCACAACUGGGGCACUAAGAGUGACCCCAACUUCCAAGGCUACCAUAAUGGCAACUCUACAGAGAACGGAGCCAAGCAGGGAUACGGCCAUAUCUGUGUAGCCUGCAAGGACCCAGGAGCUUUUUGCGAGCAGAUAGAGAAGGAGUUUGGUGACUCCGUCACCUGGGCUGUUAAAUGGAAUCAGGGUAAGAUGAAGAACUUGGCCUUUAUCAGAGACCCUGAUGGAUACUCAAUCGAGAUCAUUCCACUGGACAUGUUUAGCAACUAG